UAAUUUUUUCCAAACCAAAUCUAUAAAACCUUCUCCCCUUUUCCCCCAAUUACAAUCUCCUUCUUCCCCUUUUUACUACUAUUUUCCAUUCAGCAUCAAUUCACGCCCUAAUCACAGAGAAAAAAAAUUAAAAAAAAUCAAAUUUCCUGCAAUCAAGAUUACAAAAGUUCAAUCUUUUCCCUGAUUGUCAACGAUUCAAUGGAGACUCCAUCAUCAACCAGGAGGAUGACAAGAUCGCAGACUCUGGCUGCUUCAAACAACCCCCAAAACGGAGUUUCUGCAUUGAGUAAGUUUAAGAUUCAACGAUUCAAUUCCUAUUCGUCAUACAGUAAAAGUUCUUGAAUUUUCCGUAUCAUGAUUGUGUGUGGGGUUAAUUUAAUUCUUGUGGGCUAAUUCUUUUUUUCAGAAAAAUCUGAAGAAUCUGAUGUGACGAAAUCAAGACAAAGAAACAACGGGAAGGCCCAAUACGAUCGAUCGCCGCUGAUUGAUAUAACGAAUGAUUCUCCGAUUGUUGGGCUUGCUAUGGGAAGUUUGGGGACACCGUCAUCUGCGGCCAUGUCCAAGAAGAGAUUCAGUAGUAGAACAAAGUACGAUUGGACUCCUGGUUCAGGGGAGGCACUUUUGAGGGGCCAAGUCAAGACUUUGUUGCAGAAGGUUGAAGAAGAAGCCGAGCUCUCCAAAUUGACUUUUGAGAAUCGGCCUUCUCUUCAGAUUCAAGGUUUUGUUCAGUCUCCUUCGGCUUUUGCUGCCCCAACUCCUGCCAAUACCCCACAGGUUUUGAAUCUCUCUGUCAAUGGGAUGGAUCAUCCCGCUCAAACUCGUCCUGUGGAAGAUGAUUUUGUGAUUUCUAAGGGAAAUAACCAUCAAGAGGGUAACGACUCUGAUAAGAAUCUGAUGAUUACAAGAUCUCUGCUGCUGGAUUUUUCUGAGAAAUCUUCUGAAGGGACUUUAUCGUCUCCAUCUGAGUGUUUGUCUGAAGUGACAAGUCAAGGUACUGAAGGGAAGGCAGGGUCCUCAGUUACUACUACUGAGGAUGAUGAUGCAUCUAUUUGGUCCAUUCAGGUUAAUGCAAGUACUAAAGAUGAUCAAGAAGAUGAUGAGGAGGAAGGUCUUGAUGAGGCUGAAGAAGAAAGCUGUGACAAUGACUAUUACUAUGAGGAAGGAGACUAUGAAGAGAAGGAAGAUGAGUCUGGAAUAGUUGAUGAUCUCUGUGAGGCAAUCAGCCAGAUCAAUGUGAAUGGUGAAGGAGGUAACAUGGCGAAAUUUGCCGGCAAGCACAUCCGGUUUGUCUAUAACAGUGAUGAUGAACUUGAAGAAGAGGUGGAAGACUCCUCUGUCAAAGCUGAACCUAACAGUGAUGAUGAACUUGAAGGAGAGGUGGAGGACUCCUCUGUCAAAGCUGAACCUUCAGCUCUCAUUUUGAAAGGCUUGCCAACCCCAAAAGGGAAACACCUUCGAUUCCCUGAUGAAGAAGACUGAAAGUUCUAUUAUUUCAUUUCUUGUUAUCAGCUCUGCUCCUCAGUUGUCUAACUUGUGACAACGUUAGAAAGUUGUUUUGUACUACUGUUUCCUUAAGAGUUUUCGCCCAAUAUUACUACACUUAUAAUGUCAUAUCAACUGGCUUCUUUGCCUUCUUUGAAUUUCAGUAGUACUAUAUAUUAGCUUGCCAAAGCAUUCACACUUCGCCUAAUGUUCUCACUUCUGAGGUAAAUGACUUAAAGAUGACAUUGGGCUCUGAUAUUGGCAUUUUUUUUUGUUAUUUGUUUAUUUAUUUUUUGGUUUCAUCUUAGAUUUUCACUGGUAAACAGAUUACUUUGCAGCUUUCUGUUACACUUUUUUCAGGAAUAUGUUAGACUUUCA